AUGGAAGGGGGCAAUCAGACCCUGCAGUUGACCGAAUUCUUGUUCCUGGGUUUCUCUGGCAUGCCUAGAAGUCAACCUUUCUUCUUUCUGCUCUUCCUGGCCAUCUACCUCAUCACCUUGGUGGCCAACUCAAUGAUUCUCAUCUUGAUCCAGCUGGAUUCGCGCCUCCACAGCCCGAUGUACUAUUUCCUCAGCCAUCUGUCCUGCUUAGACAUCUGCUACUCCUCGGUCACCCUCCCCACCGUCCUGGUGAACCUCCUGCGCCAGCAGCCCACCAUCUCCUACAAUGAGUGCAUGGCCCAGAUGUUCUUCCUGAUGACCUUUGCAGGGACUGAAUGCGCACUGCUGGCUGUGAUGGCCUAUGACCGCUACGCGGCCAUUUGUGAACCCUUACACUAUUCUCAGCUCAUGAGUAAGUGGGUGCAGAACUCUCUGGCCAUGGCUUCAUGGAUCUGGGGCCUUGUUGACUCUGCCAUUCACACUGUAUUGGCCACUGAUUUGGCUUUCUGUGGAAACAACCAGAUCCAUCACAUCUUCUGUGAUGUCCCCCCACUCUUGAAAAUAGCUUGCAGUGACACGUAUGUUAAUGAGGUAGCUCUUCACACAGCCAGUGCUAUUGCAGGUCUGUGUCCUUUUGUCAUUGUCAUCAUUUCCUACAUCUACAUCCUAUCUACAAUUCUGAAGAUCCGUUCUAACACUGGAAGGAGAAAGACCUUCUCCACCUGUGCUGCCCAUCUAGUUACCGUCAUCCUCUACUUUGGGAUGAUCAACUUGAAUUACAACCGUCCCAGUGCGGGCUACUCCUUGGGGGUGGACACCCUGGUCUCCACCCUCUAUUGCAUCGUCACCCCCAUGCUGAACCCCCUAAUCUACAGCCUCCGAAAUAAGGAGGUCAAAGGGGCCCUGCAAAAACUUCUGAAUUGUUAG